GUGACUCUGACCUAAGAUACACUCGCUGUCAUUCGAUGUCGGGCCCAUGGGACACCUCGCGUUGGUAACGGGGACGCCUCAAUAAACACUCGCUAGCGACGAGCAAACCCAAGAGGGAUUUCAUCUCAGCACCUGUAUAACUCCAUGCACUAUUGUCUAUAGCCAGGAUGUCAGUGAAAGGAGACGAGUGUACCCAGAACACAACCCAGACCCCCCGGGGCGGGGAUACACAGUUGCAGGAAGCUAACGGCAAGACUCUGCUGUUUUUCAUGUAUCGGAGUGAGUUUGACCGCCGGGUCAGGAACGCCAUUAUCAGAUUCAGCGGCAGGAUAAAGUCCUACGAAGGCAAGGUUCUCGGCAUCUCGACCAAGGUGAAUGUGUCUGCCCCAGAAGGAAACCCCUGGCUGCGCCGCAGUGACUGGUGCGUGACCGCCAUUGCCUUUCCCUCACAACACAAGGCCAGGUUCUGGUUCGUCAGUGAACCGGAAGUCAGGCAGCAUGACUUCCCUCCGAUCUCAGAUGGCUUCCAGGUGUUCUCUGUCCCCAUCAGAUACAUCCCCAAGACUGGUCAAAAUACGUUUUGCUGGACGGAGGUGGCGGGCAUCAGGAACAAGGGGUCGUACCAGGCAGACUACGUGGACAAAGUGACCAACCUGUUUGACAGCAGGGACGUGGACCACGGUCUGGUCUACGUCAAGGACGGGAAGGAGUGCCAGCUGGACCGACUGAAGGACUGCUGGAUCCAACAGAACGCCACCUACCGGCUUGACCUGUACAGCUCGGAGCAGGAGUACUGGGAGAUCUUUAACUCAGAUGCCCACCAGCCCAUGAAGGAGGCCAGCGAGAGUCUCAGUGAAACAACUACAGUUCUCUUCACUAUUGUCCCCAAGAUCUCAUAGACGAAGAACAGAUAGAACAGAUUUUACAAAUAUUUUAAUAGUGAGCUAUCAAUAAGAAGAAAUAACUUUGGCCAUGAAAAAAGAAAACGUUCUCAUCAGAUGUAUAUUUUAAGUAUGACCAGGUCACGAGGUUAAGUUUCUGUGAAAAAUCCUCAGUCACAGCAGCAUAUUUCAGUAAACAAAUGUAACUCUUGUAUUAACAUCAGAGAACUGAUAUCAGAACCGGAUGUAUUCCCGGUUAUAACAAAACCUGGAUUGUUCGUCUUGAAGUUUUAAUCGGUGACACACGGCAUAUUUAAAUACAUUAGAUGAGAAAAAGCUUCCUAUCUAGGGCCUAAUCUAUCAUGCUAUUGCCGUUCUAUCAAACUAUUUCAGAAGUGCGCAUUAACUAAAUUAAAAGCCAGUAGUCAGCAACAUUAUAACAAUGGAUGGUAUUUGAGAACGAGGUUUAUAGCCGUGUAUUACUGAGUAGGAAAAAUGAAUUUAGCUAACCUGAUUCCCUGUUCCAUAAAAGGAUUUAACAACUACGGCUAGCAGAAGGGCGUUGGGGUAGCCAAGUGGUUAAAACGUUCGCUCGUCACGCUUAAGACCUGGGUUCGAUUCCCCGCGUGGGUACAAUGUGGUGCCCUCGGCCGUGAUAUUGCUGGAAUGUUGCUCAAAGCGGCGUAAAACCAUACUCACUCACGGUUGACACAGGAGUCGCAGCUCUUCAAUUCUUUGGUGGAACGGGAUUCAAUGUGGGUUGUUUUUCCCCAUCAUUUUGAAUUUUUAAACAAACUGUGUGUGCCUACCUCAAUGUAUAGUUUAGUUUGUGAACAACUCAGCUCACAGUAUUAACUCAUUCCAGGUCAUGUAAGUCGUGGAUCUGAUUGAAUCACUUCGACUGAAGUCACGUGCCACCUUGCCAAAACUAUAUUUGAGCUCUGGUAUAUGUCGUUAUAUUAACCCUUUACGUGCCAAGAUAUUGUCUACAACUGUACACCGUGAGGGGGCCUGGCGGCAUCUUAAGACAGCUGCGUGGGGAUAUUAUGCCAUCGAUUGAUUUCUCUUGAAAGUUAUCUCCCUUUGUUUAAGUCCAGGAUCUCACCCUCCUGUCGUCAUCAUUUGAAUGCUGGCAACUCAGCAAAAUGUGUACUAUUCUUUUAUCCCAAUAGAUAUAACGUGUCUGCAGUCCGAAAACUUUAAAUCAUCUACUCUGACUUUCAGCUAGGGAUUCCUAAUUUCAACGUAUCUAUAACGUUGCAGUCCGUCUCUCUUUGAGUUUUUAAUGAUGACUUGUAGGUCACGUGUUUUUUUCAUGUCUCAUUUUAAUUUUUGUUGAUUUUAAUGCAGUAAAAUGCCAAUACUUAUACUGAUAUUACGCAAACAUGCCUACUAGUUCUAGUGAUGUAUCUCUGUUUUGUAAUUAUAUAUUAUUCUUACUGUUAUUCACCUGGGAAUAAAAGAUUGUUAUCAACCGA